AUGCCAAAGGCUAGAAAGCCAAAUGAGGAAAGCGACGACAAGAAGUACGAGAAUGCGAAGCCGGUCGCUAAAGAUGAGCAGGAGGACUUCUUCUGCGGCAAGAGCGAGAAGGCUAAGCGACAACGUCAGCGCAAGGAGAAGGACAUACUCGACAUCGAUAUUAAAUACCUCGAGCCUCAAAUUAGCCAAUAUAAAGGUGAUCGCGGCGGUAGAGCACGCGGCCGUGGUGAUCAAGAAGUUUUCAGAGGCAGGGAUACAGGUCGUGGUGAUGGGUUCAAAGACGGAACCGAUAGUGGCUUCCGUAGCGGAGGGGCAGAGACGAAUACGCUUUUUGAGCCAAAUCCAGCAACUGCUUCCCCAUUUGAAGACCCUAAAACCUCAAAUGGGACUAGUGGCUUUCCUAAAGAUUUGCUCAAUUCAACGGUUACGGUGUGCCCAAAACCUCGAAUGGGACUAGUGGCUUUCCUAAAGUUUUGA